GGGGCUUGCUCGAUGCUGCUGCAGUUGUUGCAGUGCGUGCAGCUGGCACCUCAGCCCAAUCGACACCGCAACUUUUAGUUGGGCUUCAGCACCGUUUGGUCCCCUAACGCCCGCGCACCCAGUCUCCAGCGAGGCUGCAGCAGCAACCAACCACCGCGUGCUCAUCUGGACUGUCCCGCAACUUGGUUUCCUCCACCAUCGUCCUUUUCAUCCUCCAUCAUCUUCAACUCGUCGCUUUUUGUUUUUCCUACGCACCUAUUGAUCGGUCGCCAACACGACGAUAUCCUAUCGAUUUUUCUUCUUCCUGGGAAUUUCCUUGCCAGCGUCUGCGAUACAUUGCCUAUAACAUGUUGGGUGCUGCACCUGCCGAGUCGUCCCCUCGUGCUUGACCCCAAAAACAUACCACUACCAACACGCACACGCACACGCAUUGGCGCCGUGAUCCCAAUCCACCACCACCACCACAAUGGCAUCAUCCGUCGCCAUGGACCGCAGCGCGGCUCCGUCGUCGUCGGUGGCCAAACUGCGCUGCUGCUGCAAUCGCCCGGACUGCGCCGUUCUCAAGAAAAACUCGUCCGUCCUCGAGUCCGCCGAGAAGGAUGCACACACCGCUGCACAGCUUGGGCAGGCUCUUCUAGUCCGCCACGAGUCGUAUAUGGCGGACGCGGAACGAGAUCGCUUAGACCUAACAUCGCGCAUCGAAAAACUCGAAAUGGAAAAGCUACGACUCGAAGCUUCCAAUGCGGCAAAGAUUGCCGAGAAUAGAAACCUCCUCGACCAGCUCGAAAUCCUCAACAACAAUGUCAUCGACUCUGAUACCAAGAUCCGAAGCCUCGAGGCGAACCUGCUCUCCUCCAUGCAGACCGUCCGCCGGCUAGAGAGCAGUGCGUCGCGGGCAGUAGAUGCCGAGCGUCACCUCGCUUUGCUCGAAGAUGAACAGGACAAGUUGCACAAGGAGCUGCGCGUCACCAGGGAGGAUGCUCGCUCCCACGCCCAGCGCUACAAGGAGGCGCAACGCGGUCUCGUCGACAUGCAGGACCAGCUCGAGAGAAUAGAACAAGAAGGAGUCCUCGAACGUGAGCGCCAUGAAGAGGUCGUUCGCCGCAUGGAAAAGCAGCGCGAAGUGGACAAGCAGCUCGACGUUGCUGCCGGCCGCCUUAAGGGUGCGGCUGCCUCAAAGUCACUGCAGGAGCAGGGCAAGGGCAAUAAUAAAAUCAUUGGCCAUUUUGUCCGCGAUCUGCUCCAGGACAAUGCCACGCUACAGCUUGGAAUUGCUGAGCUUAGAGAAAUGCUCAUGUCUUCCAACGACGAAAUCCAGUCCCUCCGCGACCAGCUCCAUCUCCAAACCCAAGAACCUUCUCUUCUCGAAGCGGUUGCCAGCCCUGCCUCUACACUCAAGGCCGAACUGGAAGGCUUCGCAGAAGAAGAGGAAGAAGUACCUACCACUCCCCCUUCUCUUACACCAAGCUUGUCUCAAGAGCUCCAUAUCCAUCACCAUUACCAUGCCGUACCAGCCAAGGAGGGCAAGCGUGUGCGCAGAAAGCGAACGGGCCUGCUCGCUAACGCCCCCUAUGCUGGCUCUACGACAUCCGGAUCUUCCAGUCAUCGCAACUCGCUGCAACUCCACACGCUUGCUCACUCCGAGUCUGCCCCAUCACUCGCUUCUGAAGAUCUUGAUGACAUCACACACUCCAACAACCACAACCACGCUAAAGCGAGAGCCGUCCAACAGUGGAAUGAAAACACCAUACCUGAGUCCGACUUCUCCUCGUCCAUCCCCGCGUCGCCUAAUCUGCGACCAACGAGUCUGUUUGAUCACAACCUGCACGACCUGCCAGACUCGGGAUCCCCUGCCACUAGCUACGACCCAACAUCGCCAACAUGGCAAGCUACUACACACCGCAAAGGCGGAUCCAUUGCGUCCACACGCAGCUUUCAGUCGCUGUCAGUCAUUGGUUCCGAGGCUGCCGACUACCAACCAUCCCACUCUGGCCGCGUUACCAGAACGCAUUCUGGAAAUGCCAUUGCCGAGGAAGACGAAGAGGAAGCAAGCGCCGCCGCUGCCCACCAGUCUUCUGCAAAGGGUACCGGUGCUAGCCAGGGUAUGGAGGACCAAUCAUUUGAUGACUUUAUGGCUGCUUCGCGGGCCGGCAGACCCCGACUGCAACGUAUCCCCUCGCACGAGUCCAUCAUGUCGCUUAGCGGCGGUCUGGAUAUCCACACACUGCGUAUCCGUCCUAGUCAGAUGACGCUGCGACCUCUAGGUGGUGCUGAUGCUGUUAUUACUGGCGUCGUGGCCCAGCCUACGCUCUCUCGAUCCACAAACAAGCGCAGCGACGUGGCCCUCCGAGACAACUUUAACAUCAUGCAGUCGCCGCGUACUGUCUCGAGCCCCAUCACCCGUGCCGGCAUGACCCCCUCCCCAGAAGCCGCCAAGUCUGCGCGAUCUAGCUUACGCUCGUGGACUGGCUGGCGCCCAUGGGGUGGCACCACCAGAGACGUUGAAGAGGAAACUCUGGAGCCAGACACCACCACACGCCCUGUUGUAGAGUCUGUCGAGUCUCCCGAUCCACACACUCCCAAGCUAGACACCUCUGCCAUGUUUAGCUCCCCAGCAUCGGACAAGAGCAAGGACUCUUCCCGAGCACCCGGCAUCAACCAGGCUGGCGCCAUCCCCGGCUUUCAGCAGUACUGGGCCGCCCAUAAGCGAAAGGGGGCGCCCGCUCAAGUCACGACACAGAGUGUUGACGCAGACGCCCUGGCAGAGAGCCUGCUAGGCUAAGGCACCGAGUUGUCUGGCGUCUUGUAACCGACAUGUUUUAUGACCACGUUCAUUUGUACAAAGAGGAAGAAAAAAGCAUACUUGUGAUUUUGAGCAUUCUUUGGCGUUUUGUUUUUUUCACCGUUUUACCCUUGGAUUUCCGCCGUCUUUGUUUAUCCAUGACGACUUUUAGGCAUACACACUUGGAAAUUAGAAACUUUGUAUUUGCUGGUCCUGCCCUCCGUCACGCGGGAUCACUUUGGAGUAUGGAUUUCCUGUUUAUUAACCACAAUAGUACUUAGAUACCCUGGCGCUACGCCUAUAAAUACAUUAUUGUUUUUAAUCCACUAUCCUUGUCGCCUCUUUAUCCAUAUUUGUAAUGUUUC